AUGAUCCCGGACGCAAAUAAGAAUAUCAAUCAUUAUUACAAGAUCGAUUUAGAUCAAACUAAAAGACCAAGUGAAAAUUUAUAUCAUUUAUUACACAAGGAUUCAGUAUCGAACAGCAAUUGGAAUCUUAAAAAUAAACCUAGUUUCUGUUCGUUUGUUUCAAGUGUACCAUCAUUAAAUUCGAUCGAAGGAAAUCAAUCUAUUCUAUCGAAAGAAUCUAUAGCAUCAAAUUCUACUACAACCUCCCCUAACCUUAGCACUGCUAACACUGAUACUACUACCACCAACAUAAUCCCCCCUGAUCAAUGUUGUAACCACCAUUAUUUAACGCCAUCUCAGAGAUAUAGAUUAAGAAAGAAUCAGAAUCAAAAACAAUUAAGAAAUUACAUAUAUAACAAAGAUUUAUAUUCAUAUGAGAACAAACAUCAAAACCAAAAGGAACUAGAAGAUCGAUCAGAAGUGGCUCAUUCGUAUGCUUGCAAUAUCGAUAAUGAUAUAGAUGAUUCAAUACUCUGGAAUAUUCCAAAGACCCACUACCCUUAUUUCAACCCUUUGAAUUCAAAGAAUGUUUUAGCCACUGUGACAACUAUACCAGGUAUUAAUAAUGGAAAUGAAUAUCCAUGCAAGGAUGAAAACAAACAAAAAAUCAAUCCUUCUUUUAAUGAGUCGAAAAUUAUAUCUGAUAUGGUCAGUACUCUAUCAAAUCAAUAUACUAUUGAAGUUUCAAAAAAAACACAUGAUCGAGUCAAAGAUAGGUAUCAAAAUAUAAAAAAUUUGCCAAUUGAAAUAAAAGAAUUGAAUUCAAUGGGGUUAGAAGAUAUGAAAUGUGUAUCUUCGAAUAAAUUGAAAUAUUUGAAUCAAGGUAGACCUAUUUGGUUACCACCAAAAACAACUCAUGAGAUUGAAAAAUAUAAGACUGAAAUGAAAAAUUGUAUGGAUACCAUAUAUAAAGAAGAGAUGGUGAGACAUAAAUGGCUAAACGAUUAUAAAUUGUUCAUUGAGAAAAGUUAUGGAAGAUUAUUCAGUUAUAAUAACAGCAGUAGUCAUAGUAAAGUGGGUAGGACAAACUGGAUUCAAAAUAUAAAAUUUCUUAAACAAAUUAUAAAAAAAAUCCCAUUACCAUAUGAAUUAAGGUAUGAUAUAUAUAUGGAUCUAUUAGACAAACCAGAACAUUUUGAAGAUUUCGAUAAAAUUUAUAAUAAAUAUGAAAGGAUUAUUCAAAAUGAUAGCUACCCGUAUGAUAAGUUGUUGGAGAUAAAAGUUUUAAUUCAAGAUAAGAUUGAAAAUAAAAAAAUUUUAACAAUUGAUGAUCAAAAGAUCUUAUCUACAAUAUUUUUCUUACUAAAACUUAAAUCCAUAUCUAAUCAAGGGUUAAUUAAAGGCGAUGAAAUAAUCAUCCAUCAUUUAAUUAAAAUGAAUAAAUUAUCAAUAGAACAAAUAUGGAAUUUAUUACAAAUAAUACAAUAUAAUAUUAACAAUAACAAUAAUAAUAGCAACAACAACAGCAACAAUAAUAAUCUAUAUGAAAAUGAUUAUGAAUGGUAUUGUCUAGAAACACCUAGAAUCAUGAAAUUAUGGGAUACUAGGAAUGACUAUAAAUAUACGUAUUGGUGGGAUAUAAUGGAAAGAAUUGAUAAUAUUGAUCUUUUCUUUUGGAUUCUUGAUACUAUUGUUGUUAUUACUAAAGAUUUUACAAAUAAGACUCGGUUAGCUCCAACACAAAGUUUGAAAUUUAUGAUAUCAUUACCACUGUUAAUUACAAGAGAUUAUCAUUAUGGAUGGGACUCAUUAAGUUUGAUUCAUGAUACAAGUAAGUACAGGUUAUUAUUUCCUGGAGAUGAUUCUACAGAUUUAUUAUACAAAAACUAUCGUUUCAUGUGUAAAUUAUGGGGAUUAGCAAAUACCCUUUAG